GUCACUCACGGAUUGUUGAAUCCGUACAGACGAAACGCAUUUUCACGAUUUUCUGAGGGAAAAAUCGAGAAAAGUGGCGCAGUACCGAUCUGCACGCAGUGUUUUCCCCCGUCGGAUGUUCGAUAGUUGCGUUUUCGGUCGAAAAAGUGCAACGAGCGCGAGUGAAAUCGACUUCAAAGUGAUAGCCCUACCUUGCGCCUAUUCGGUGCAGUGGUGCAGAGGUGGAUAAAAUGGUGUGUAACAAGCAGGAAAAAAAGGUCAGCUGCAGUUGAUUAGUGUGUGCCCGUGAAUUGGAUAAAUGUGAUUGUGCGUCGUGUGAAAACAAAAAGUCUAAAAAGGCAAGAAGUUAACGUCCCCGGUAUACCAUCAGAAUCGAAAGCCGGAUGCGGCAGAUUCGACCAAAGCCUCAUCCCAACGUCAAUCGAAACAGCAGCAUCAACCGAGAAAAUUAGUCGCGUGACGGUUGUGACAGCUGAAGUAGUUUACCAGACUACUACGCUAAAGGAAGGUGUCUGUUGAAACAGCUUGCAGCCACGCCAUCAAGAAACCAUCGUCCUCCGCACGGAAAGUAGGAUAGAUUGUCCAAAUUUGAAGCAAAACACUGUGUCCCAGUGCUGCCGCUGAGACAAAUUUACGAACGAGGUCGUCGUCCUCCGCGCUCGGCACUUUCCGGCCCAAUAAACGGUCGCCAGCCGGCGUGGGUGCAUUCGCGAACCGUUGCAAAUUUUUGGUCAACCAUCUCAGGAAGUAAAGCGGCCAGUGUGGGGGUAGUACCAAAUUGGCUAGCAACAAAUCGCUCCCCCUUCGUGCGGUGGAAUAAAUAGAGUGAGAUCAUCACACAUUUGCACACAGGAGCCAGCAAACACCUAAAAAAUCGAACAUGUUCAGUCCCGAAUACGAGAAACGGAUGCUGCAGCACCGCUCCCCGGCAGCGCGCAGGUUGUUCAGUUCCGGUGAAACGUCUUCCGCACACGAUCGCUUCAUCCCCUGUCGAGUCAACAACAACUGGACGACCAGCUUUGCCACACUUAGCUCCAAAUCGAACGAAAACUCGCCCCAGUCAACGAAGAAGCAGCGCGAAUGUGGAGAAAACACCCGGGACAGUCUCGCCUACAGCUGUCUGCUGAAAAACGAGCUGCUUGGCACGGGGAUCGACGACGUGAAGCUGGUGACGGACGAUAAGGUUGGCGGGGGCGGAGGUGGCGGCAGUGGUGGCAGCGGUGGCAGCGGAGGAAGUGGCGGAAGCGGUGGCCUACAGGCGAACACUAUCCGGACAGGAUUGUUCAAGUAUCAAUCCCCGACGAAGCAGGACUACAAUGAACAGUGUCCCUACUCACUGUCGCCCGUUAGCAUCAAGAGCCAGAAGCUGCUACGAUCGCCCCGGAAAGCAACCCGCAAAAUCUCGAAGAUCCCGUUCAAGGUGCUGGACGCACCGGAGCUGCAGGACGACUUCUACCUCAACCUGGUCGACUGGUCCGCCCAGAACGUGCUGGCCGUCGGUCUCGGUAGCUGCGUUUAUCUCUGGAGUGCGUGCACGAGUCAGGUGACGCGACUUUGCGAUCUCAGCUCGGACUCGAACACAAUCACCUCCGUUUCCUGGAGCGAACGGGGCCACCAGCUGGCGGUCGGUACGCAGCAUGGAUACGUCACCGUAUGGGAUGUGGCCGCGAGCAAACAGGUAAAUAAGCUACAAGGCCACUCGGCGCGCGUCGGUGCGUUGGCCUGGAACGGGGACGUCCUAUCGAGCGGGUCUCGGGACCGUCUGAUCAUGCAGCGCGACACACGUACGCCCUCGCAGGUCCCGGAACGGCGGCUCGCCGGCCACCGGCAGGAAGUGUGCGGUCUAAAGUGGUCCCCGGACAACCAGUACCUGGCCAGCGGUGGUAACGAUAACCGACUGUACGUGUGGAACCAGCACUCGUCGACGCCGGUGCACUCGUACUCGGAGCACAUGGCGGCAGUGAAAGCGAUUGCGUGGUCACCGCAUCAUCACGGCCUGCUGGCCAGCGGCGGCGGAACGGCCGACCGGUGUAUUCGCUUCUGGAACACGCUCACCGGCCAACCGAUGCAGUGCGUUGACACCGGCUCGCAGGUAUGCAAUCUCGCCUGGUCCAAGCACUCGUCGGAGCUCGUGUCGACGCACGGCUACUCGCAGAACCAGAUCCUCGUGUGGAAGUACCCCUCGCUGACGCAAGUGGCCAAACUAACGGGCCACUCGUACCGGGUGCUGUACCUUGCGCUUAGUCCGGACGGCGAAGCGAUCGUUACCGGAGCCGGCGACGAAACGUUGCGCUUCUGGAACGUGUUCAGCAAGGCUCGCUCACAAAAGGAGAACAAAUCCGUACUCAAUCUAUUCACGAACAUUCGGUAAAGCCGCCUACUCCGUGCCGGAGGAGGGUGGUGGUGAGUGAGCAAAUCAACAGUGGUUGGGCGCCAGAAUCGUAUCGAAGAUGCAGUUUCCUAUAUGUUUUUUUUUAGUUUUUUUACACCAACCGUUUUUUUUGCUAAAUUAGAUUAUUUCUUACUUUUCCUUUUUGUUCCGCUCCUUAUAAGAUAGGGGUUCCAUUUGUGGAACGUAUUAGUCCAUGGGCGGCAUAGUGCCGGGUCGGAGGGUGUGUCAUCGACACAUGGGGUGAAUUAGGAUUGUACUGCAUGUAACGGGGUGUUGUAUAUGUUUUUAUUGUAUAAAUAUUUUCGUUAUAUUUGCAACUUUAGUUGGUACGUACAAUAGCACCGAUUUACACACUACCAUUUACUAUCGCAGUAAGCUACCACUUUUCUGUUCGUACAUGUGUCCCUCUUGCGUGAGUGAACUUAGGAGGCAUCGUUUUUUUUGUGAACUAGGUUAACAAAUUGAAAUAUUUUGGGGUUUAUUUUUUAUUUUUAUCGUACAACUAAGUUAAAUUUACUUCCAAUUUAGGGUAUUCAAUUUAAUCUCGUCUCAGUUGGCAUUCGAAUCUAAUGGAACAGAUUCUCUCAACCAAAUCAAUGCGUUUAUUUACGGUGUUUACAAUAAAGCAAGGAAGUAGGUAACCACUACUGCCGUGAAGGUAUGCCAGAAACAAGAAAUAGGAGUACAUUUUGAGUCACUUUUCCUUUACUCGUUUCCUCGUGUCCAUAAAAAGUGGCAGGACAAAAGUAUGUGAAUAUGAAAGGCGUUUGCCCACAGUCUGAACCUGAAAAGCACUACUUAUUUUUUCUCUAAGUUAUUCAUAAAACGUUUGCACGCUUGUGUUUUGGUAAGCGAAAUGUAGCCGAUGCAUUCGCUACGAAGUGCUGCUUUUAAGGUUGACCACUAUUCCAUAUCUCUUUCAUAAGCUGCCCGAUGGACACUGGAAAAGAUGUAGACGAAUUGUACACUCCGGAUGCUACAUUCUCAUUUACAAAGGUGAUAAAGUAUGUAACUAGGGGAAGGAGGUUAUAAGAAAAUUAUUUAUGUGCGAAAUCUAUCAAACCGACGGAACUAUGUGUGAUCGAGGAUGAUUUUACCGCUUGUUUUCGUCGUGAAUGUUUGCAGAGCAAAAGUAGUAGGAAAUAUUCACACAAACAAACCAGUAAGCAUCCUCAUCUGAAAGCAUUAUUUUAUAGUGCGCUCAACGGCACUAUCAAAGUAUCUUUUCAGAAAAAGAAAUACGCCCUGAAAUAGGCAGGCAACGCAGCGGUUUCCCAUUUGAGCAUGACAUUUUCCUUAAGACGCGUGCGUGUCUCUGUGUGUUCGUUUGAAUAAUGUUUUGAUGGUUUAGCUACGUACGUUGCUAGAAGUAAGUAAAGUUCUAAAAAGAAGAAAAGUGUCUUCACAGUACUGCCUACCUUGAAGUCUAGCACCGAAAAGGUUCCAUUAGCAACUAAGCCGAUGAUGGUCAGGGAGAGAAGAGAAGCGUAUGGGUUUGUACAUACUAUAGGGGAGUGUGAAGAAGCAUCA